UGUCUACUCCCUCUAAACAGAUACCCAUUUUUCCUUUGUUUUUGUUCAUCAUCUUCUUCCUCCUCCUCUGUUUUUUUUUACCCAACAACCUGUACUGCAUGUUCUGACACAUUAUGUAACACCAUUCACGUUAAUCUUUGAUGUCUCCCUCGGGCUUUGUUGGUCUAUUUUUUUCUCCCUGGGUAUGAGCUAUAGUGAUAGGUCUCUUCAGAGCCACUAAGUGUCCUCACAUUGCUCCUGUAAACCUAUCUUGUUGAUCCCCACACCCUAAAAAAAGAACAUCAUUGGCAGACACUUUACACAUUUCCCUCCCUUUGAGGGUCUUAUGGCAGCUGGGAAGAUUAGACAAACAGACUCUCUCUUUCACCAUCAGUCUUCCUCUCAGACUCCCUACAUCUACAGCAUCCCUGGCCACACGCCUUUACCAUUACCCAGUAGCUUUUAGAGAGUGUGCGGAGAUUCAGUUGAAAAAGAUCCUCACUAAGAUCCAAGCGUUUCUAACAAGUCCAUCAUGAGUACCUUUGGGUACCGAAAGGAGCUGAAGAAGUAUGAAUCAGUGGAUGAAGAUGAGGUGUUGGCUGGCUUGUCGUUUGAGGAGCUUCAGGAGCUGGAGAGGGAGCUGGCGGAUAUGGACCCGGAUGACAACGUACCUAUCGGGCUGAGGCAGAAAGACCAGACUGCCAAGACCCCCACAGGCACCUUCUCCAGAGAGGCACUGCUGAAAUACUGGGAGGACGAGACACGCAAACUGCUAGAGGAUGACAGAUCUGAAUCAUCUCCUGAACAUGAUAGAAUGGAGGAAGGACAGACUGAUAAGAGCGAAGAGGAAUGUGUGACAGAGAGUGACAGUAACAGCACAGAGUCUGAGGACAGUGAUGAGGAAGAGGAACGCCAAAAUAGAAGGGAAGGGAGCGGAGACGAGGCAGGUGAGGAUGAGAAUGAUUCAAUUGAGGCUGAAAAUGAAGAGGAAAAGAAGGACAAAUGCAAACAGGAACCUUUACCAACUUCUGGUAGACAUGGGCAGAACGCUGUUGACCACCUGUCAAGAAACCUAGGGAAUUGUUCUGAAAGGGGAGACUUGAGAACAACAAUGACUGACCAAAACCUAAAUGUGACUCCAGAGAGACCUUGUGGGAACCCUAUCGUGAUUGACGAGGCACUUGAACGGAUCCUUCGCGAUGAUCCAACGAUGAGCGAGCUCAACUUCAACAACAUCGAAGACAUCUCUCAGGAGACCUUGCUGCGUAUCUCCGAAGCACUGAGCGCCAACACACACGUACGUGUUUUAAGCCUUUCUAACACCCGAGCCAAUGACCGGGUUGCCUUCGCCGUCUCCAAGAUGCUCAGAGAAAACUGCUCCAUCACCAACCUCAACAUUGAGUCCAACUUUGUGUCUGGCCGGGGAAUCUUGGCGCUAAUGGCAUCGCUCCAACAAAACAGUACUCUGGUGGAGCUGCGCUUCCACAACCAGAGGCACAUCUGCGGGGGGCAGGUUGAGAUGGAGAUGGUUCGCCUCCUGAGGGACAACUGCACCCUCCUCAAGCUGGGCUACCAGUUUGAUCUGCCAGGCCCCAGGAUGACCGCCACCAGUAUUCUGACCCGCAACCAGGACCGACAGAGGCAGAGAUGGCUGCAACAACAGAGGGAGAAAGGCCAUCCAGAAGCAACAGUCCAGCCCAAGGCCGAUGCCGGGACAACAGGCCUUUCUGGAUCGCCUCCUUCAAACAAACCACCCUGGUUCUCUCCAAGACAUGCGAGGAAUGACCAGACCCCAAAUAACAUCCCUCCUCCACCUCCCCCUCUCACUGACCUUCAGUCUGAGAGGAAUACACCAACCAGGAAGAUUGCAGAGAUGAUCAAACAACAUGAAGGGAGUACAAAGGGUCAAUCAGGCCAAAAGAAACCCAAAUCCAAGAGGGGCAAAAAUGGGGCCAACAAGAAGUGCAGCUCUGACAUUCUCAAGGAGCUGAAGAAUGCCUUGAAGCCUUCUUCACGAAAGAAGAAAGACAACCCACCCCGGCCACCAGCACCUCUGAACUCUACACGUGAUGAUCUGAUGGCGGCCAUUCGUGGUAGCAGCAUUAGAUCACUCAAAAGUGUGACUCUCCAGCCAGAUCUAUGUUAACGUUGUGGUGGGAGAAAGGAAUAUCCAACCUGAUCAAGAGCUGUUCUCCACAAAUACUGCACCCACUUCAUUCUGUAUUCACAAAAAAAACAUGAAACAUUUGUACCACAAAUGCUACAUAUAUAAAUACAAGUACAUUAAAAUAUAAUUUGUUUAUGUAUUACCAUGAAACUUUCUGCUUGGAAAACUGUUGACACAUUUUACAUAUGAUUUUGUUAGUGUUUUGUAAAUAUUUUCCUGUCAUGUAGUGAAAAAAACAACACUGGACUUGAUUGCAUAUUAUGAACGGGUGGCAAUUUAUAGAUUAAAGGCACAAUCCAUAA